AUGUCGAUCGUUGACGUAAAUCGAAUGAAUAUACUUGAUUUGCCCGAUGAAAUUCUACUUAAUAUCAUCAAAAAAUUGAAUAUGAUCGAUGUAUUUUAUUCACUGGUGGGUGUAAAUCAACGAUUUGAUCGACUAGUACUCGAUCCUCUCUACACUAAUCAUCUAGAUUUAAUCGUUAAAGCAUUGCUUAAUGAUAAUUUUUCAACAGAGAAACAAGUUCUUUCAAGAAUUUGUGAAGAAAUUUUGCCUCGAAUUAAUAAUAAAAUAAAGAAACUCACUGUUAAUCAAUAUUCUAUGGAAGAUAUACUUGGUGCUGUUGUCUAUCCUCAACUUUAUUCAUUAUCAUUAAUCAAUUUUGAAUCAGAUACACUUUUACCAUAUUUACGAGGUAUAGUUUUUUUUUCUAUUUUCACUUGUUUAAUCAAGAAAACAUUUGUAUACAUUGAAGAUGAUACAAAACUUCGUUGUCUUCUCACUAAUCAAAUCACACAUGUUAAUAUUAAGAUGAUUGAUAAAAAACCAACAGUACUAGAUGAAAAUGAAUCAAAUUUAUUUGCAUUAAUAUUGUCUAGAAGCAAACGUCUAACUGAUUUGACUUAUAGUCAAUGGUUUUGUAGUGAAAAUUCACAGAUUUCAAUGUAUAAUUUGCCAUCAACAAGUUGUGUUUGUUCAACACUUACCAAAUUGAAUAUUGAUGUUAAUGAUUUUGAUGAUUGUCUUUAUUUUCUUGAUGGACGUUUUGAUUCUUUAUCAACAUUGAUCAUUUAUAUUCAGACAAUUUCUUCUCCAUUAUCAAAUAUUGAUAACACAAGACAACUUCCCAAACUCAAAUGUUUAUCUUUAAUAACUUAUUGUCGAACACAAUUUUAUGAUAGUAGAGUUGUUCCAUUACUAUGUCGAAUGUCAAAUCUUGAAGAAUUAACAUUAUAUCUAUCGAGACAAAGAACUGAAUCGACUCAUAUGGAUGGAGAUCAUUUAUACAAUGAAAUUUUUAUUCAUAUGCCACAAUUAAAAAAAAUUAUUUUCAGUAUAAAUACUCUUGUUAUCAACAAGAAUAUUCGAAUUANGCGGCUGGGGCAUGAGCUUUGA